GACGCAGUUCCGGUAGUGAUGGGUGCGCACCCCGAUGACUACCGCAGGGUGGCGCCAUCGGGCUCCUACAUUCACGUGGAGGAUUUCCGGACAGUAGAGGAGCUCGCUAAUUACCUAAAAUUCCUGGACAAAAACGACGACGAGUACAACAAUUACUUUCGUUGGAAGCUGACGGGUUUGUUUGUUGACACUAAAUUCUGGUGCCGGAUUUGUUCGUUGCUAUGGGACCCUGAAAAGCCCCGAAUGUCUGUGCCUGACUUGGACAAGUGGUGGCAUGGGAAAGGCGUCUGCAUCGGCAGACGACGCUGGGACGACGUAGGACAGCAGAACUUGACUUCAAGCGUUGAUCCUGCUGUCUAUUACAGAACUUGAAACUACAUAAUAAAAUAAUUUACAUGAAUACACAUUAAACUUCAACUUGUAGUAUCUUCUUCGUCAAAACACUGGAUGGAAUAGUGUAUAGAAAAAAUACUCAAAAGCAUGUGUAUGCUUUGCAAUUUCAAAGUACUAGUAUAUGAUUAUUUUUAUAUUGUUGACAACGCAUGACUGACAUAGCCUCCUUUGUGAUAUGGCCGGCCGGCUUCCUUGUUAAGAUGACUAGAAAAAUGAAAAUAUACUCAAAAAGUUGUGAAAAUGUGUGUAUGUGCAGUUAAAAAACGAAAUCUUCCAUUCAGUAUUAAAUUAUUCGGAAUUUGGACUUAUAUUGCAAACUUGUUAAGUAAGAACUUAUCAUACAUUUUACACGCCUGUGUUACAGGUUUCACUCUCUUAAAUCAGUGCAAUUAUCUGUAUAAUGUUGAAAGCGAACCUAUCAUGUGUGCUAUUGAUAUAUUUGAAUUGUUUUUGGUGAUGUUUUAAUUCUGUAAUUAUCCAAUUAUUGUGUAAAGAUCAUUGACUGCAUUACUCGGAUCAAAUACAAAACAAGCUUUAA